CCUCCGCCGUGACCGUGAGCAGGCUGGGAUUGCUGGAGGGGAGGGAGGGGAGAGGACGGACGGACGGAGGGACGGAGGAAAGGCGGAGCCUCGCCUCCAUUGUCUGCGAUUCUGCAGCCGAGAGGCCCGUUUGCUCUCCCUCUGCCUCUCUCUGUCCCGUUCCCUCUGCCUCCCUCUCUGUCCCGUUCCCUCUGCCUCUCUCUCUCUGGCCCGUUCCCUAAGCCGCUCUCUCUCUGUCCCGUUCCCUCUGCCUCUCUCUCUGUCCCGUUCCCUCUGCCUCUCCCUCUCUGUCCCGUUCCCUCUGCCUCCCUCUCUGUCCCGUUCCCUCUGCCUCCCUCUCUGUCCCGUUCCCUCUCCCCCCUCUCUCUCCCGUUCCCUCUCCCCCUCUCUCUCCCGUCCCCUCUAUUUCUGCCUCCCUCUUUGCCGCCUGCCCCACUAUCGCCCCCUCCCUCCGUCUCCUCCCCGUUCCUCCCCUUCCCUCCUGCACACUCUGUCUCCGCUUCUCCCGGCUCUGUUUGUCUCUCUCCGCCCCUCCCUGUAUAAAUGGCAGCCAGCAAGACGUUUGGCCUGAAGCCGGUAAAGUUCCAGCUGCAGGAGGGCGACGACUGGUUCAUGAUCGGCUCCGAGGUUGGCAACUUCCUCCGCAUGUUCCGGGGCUCUCUGUACAAGAAAUACCCGUCCCUCUGGAGGCGCCUGGCCACCGUGGAGGAGAGGAAGAGGAUCGUCGCCUCGUCUCACGAUCACGGAUACACGACACUCGCCACCAACGUAACUCUCCUUCGGGCGUCGGAGGUCGAGGAAAUCCUCGAAGGAAACGAUGAUAAGUACAAGGCCAUCUCCAUCAGCACCGAGCCGCCGACCUACUUACGUGAACCGAAAUCAAAGCGAAGCAACCAGUGGGUCCCUACCUUGCCAAACAGCUCCCACCACCUGGACGCAGUCCCUUGUUCCACCUCCAUUAACCGGAACCGCAUGGGCCGAGAUAAGAAGCGGGCUUUCCCCCUCUGCUUCGACGACCACGACCCGGCGGUGAUCCACGAAAACGCCGCCCAGCCCGAGCUGUUGGUGCCCAUCCGGCUGGACAUGGAGAUCGAUGGUCAGAAGCUGCGCGACACCUUCACCUGGAACAUGAACGAGAAGCUGAUCUCGCCAGAGAUGUUCGCGGAGAUCCUGUGUGACGACCUGGACCUCAACCCGCUGAAUUUCGUCCCCGCCGUGGCGUCCGCCAUUCGGCAGCAGGUGGAGUCCUACCCCAUGGACAGCAUUCUGGAGGAGCAGACCGACCAGAGGGUCAUCAUCAAGCUGAACACCCACGUGGGUAACAUCCUGCUGAUGGACCAGUUCGAGUGGGACAUGUCCGAGAAGGAGAACUCUCCGGAGAAGUUUGCCCUGAAGCUUUGCUCCGAGCUGGGCCUGGGCGGUGAGUUUGUCACCACCAUCGCCUACAGCAUCCGCGGGCAGCUCAGCUGGCAUCAGCGCACCUACGCCUUCAGCGAGAACCCUCUGCCAAUCGUGGAGAGCGCCCUGCGGAACACCAGCGACGCGGACCAGUGGUGCCCGCUGCUCGAGGCCCUCACCGACGCCGAGAUGGAGAAGAAGAUCCGGGACCAGGACCGCAACACCAGGCGCAUGAGGAGACUCGCCAACACCGCUCCCAGCUGGUGAAGACGAAGAGGAGCGAGGGAGCGGUGAGGAGGAGGAGGGUGCCUUGCCCACCUCUCACUCUCUCUCCCUUCCCCAAUGCACAUACGCGCCGCCGACUCCCCCCCUUCACUGGCAGGAAGGGGGGGGAGGAGGAGGAGGAGGAGGGAGGAGCCGUGAUGCACAGCAAGAUCCCAGCCGAAGGGACGGAACGGCGAGGAUCUGAAACUUUUUUUUCCGCGCCUCUGGCCGGAAGGGGGUAUUAAAUAUGUAGGGAGGGAGGGAGGGAG